AUGAGAAUGAAAGAAAAUGAUCUCAAACAAUUAAUGACAAUAUCAUCUUUACCAGUUGUCGCAAAAGAACUUUCCAAAUCAAUGGAACUAAACGUCGCACAGGUGUGGCCAUGUCGAUUUUGCGGUGUAAUACUUGGUACUUGUCAUUUACCACUCGGCAUUGUAUUACUUAUAUUUGAUGUUGUUACCAACAGCAUCUCAGAAACAGCGUUUGCUAUAACAGCAUCACUAUCAUUUAUCGUUUGUGGAAUUUUCUCAUUCAUUUCGGCAAGAAGGUUAGAUAAACCAGCACAAUGGUUACUGCUGUUUUUUUCAAUAUUUUCUAUGGCAAUGAGCAUAACAAUGUCUAUGGAUAGCGCUGCUUUAAUAAAUUACAACUGUGAUCGAGAGGAGUGCCAUGGAACACCAAAUAACAUCCAUGCUGUUCUACUCUGCUUCGGUCUGGUUGAAUUUACGGUAAGUUUUGCAACAAUAAUUGUUUGUUUUCGAUCAUUGAGACAAGCUUAUCGAGUAAGAAAAGCAAGCUCGCCGUAUAGUACACUGAUCGAAGGGCAUUAUGAUGCUUUUUAUAUUACGCCAAGGAUAAUAACUGUCCACAAUAAGAACACGAAAUGCCGAACUAUGCCUUCAUGUGACCAAAAGCUUUGA